CCCCACCUCAAUGACGUUAUAGACUAAAUCAUGCUUUUCAUAAUCAUAAUCAUCAAGCACUUAAUAUUAUAAUUCCAGAUGUGUGCUCCUCGGUGGACUACUCCGUAUAAAGAUACGCAUUUAUUAGCGAAUGGCGCUUGUUACCUACUGUCCAAACGACGAGGCGUUCCGUUGUAUCCUUUAGCGGAAAUGGGUCGUCAAGCAAUUUUGACACAAGGCGACAGGAAAGAGUACGGAGAAUAUGGAACCCAUCUUAAUUUCUACGCAUAUGGUCAAGCUGGGUUUUCAGUGAACGUCGCCAAAACUAGUAUAGUUGUUGGGGCACCUGGACUCUUGCAGUGGACUGGUGGCUUGGCAACGUAUAAGUACUCAAAUGCAAGCGAGUACUUGAGUUUACAGCCUACAAUUAAUCCAUUUUACACUUUAGAUGUUGGGCCAGAUGAUUACUUAGGGUACAGCGUUGAAUCUGGUGAAUUUGAGAAGAGUGGAACAACCUUACACGUUGCCGGAGCUCCGAGAUCAAAGUCAGGAUACGGACAAGUCAUCAUCUAUAAGCCAUCGUUUCGAGAAACAGACCCUCUAGAUAUAAAAGCGAAAGUUCGUGGCCCACAAUUGGGUUCCUAUUUUGGUGCUAGUUUGUGUUGCACUGAUAUUAAUGGAGAUGGUGUCACUGACCUUCUCGUGGGAGCACCGAUGUUCGUUAAUACUGAUGGAGGAUUGCACUAUGAUCAAGGCGCUGUAUUUGUUUAUUUGACCGAAAGAAAGGAUGAUAAUUUUACAUUAAAAGCAGCCGGCUAUGUUUCUGGUUCAGACGAAAAUGGUAUUCGUUUUGGAAGCGUUAUAGAAAAUUUGAAUGACAUUGAUGGUGAUGGCUACAAUGAUGUUGCUAUUGGAGCUCCAUGGGAAGAUGGUGGUAAAGGUGCUGUGUAUAUAUUUAAAGGUAGCAAGAAAGGAUUAGAAAAAGAGUAUAUACAGAAGAUAGUAGUUAAAGAUACUAAAGCUUUUGGCUUUUCUAUAUCUGGAGGUUACGAUAUUAACAAAGAUAAGUGCAAUGAUUUAGCUGUGGGCGCUCAUAAUACUGGCGCAGUUUAUGUUUUCAAAUGCACACCUACUAUUCAUGUAGAUGCAUCUAUAAAAGUACCAGAUGCAGUUAAUUUACCACAGCAUGCUACUAAUUUUACUGCUCUAUUCUGUGUAAAAGCUGCUGAAAGUAAAUUGUGGCCAGAGGUGAAAAUAAACCUUACAGCUCACAUAGUAAUUGAUCCGAUUGAAAAAAGAGCAAACGUUAAAGGAGAUACGGACUAUGACAUAUCUAUUAUUCCUGGUACUGAGAACUGCGACGAACAAGUUAUUGAAGUGAAGGCAACAGCCGAUUUAUCCAAACCAAUCUCGAUGAAAUAUAAUUUGGAAGUAAAUGACUUUGGAGAUGAAUCAGCGUCCCAUCAACACGUUGCCAAGCUAUCAAAUGAUUCAGUAUUGGAGUCAUCCUUCCGUAUUCAACUAAUGAGGGACUGUGGGGAGGACGAUGAGCUCAUCUGCAAGCCCUUACUUCAAAUGACUUUGGUACCCUUAAAUAGUACAUAUACACCUGGAACAAAUGAUAAAGUAGGCGUAAAAAUAACUAUUGUUAAUGAGAAAGAACCGUCAUUUGGAGCAAAAGUUCAACUUUCAUUACCAUCUUCACCUAAAAGGCUACCUCAAGAAUGUAGUUUGGAAGAACUUAACGUAACUUGUGUCGUACCCUCUCCAUUAAAGCGUUUAGAAUCUGUAGAAUGGGAGAUAGACCUUGAAUACGUAUACAGAGACUCAGAAGAAACGGAAUUAGUAAUAGAAGCAAAGCUUAACGAUCCAUUUUACAAUGAUACAGAUAUUGACAGGAUCAUGAAGAAAGCUGUGAUUUUGAUAACACCAAAAGCGAAUUUCUCAAUCAGUGGGAAAGCGUUGCCAAACGCGACCGUUGCAGUAACGAGGGACAAAUUUAACGAAGCAGGAAAUGUGACUUUUGUUCAUUAUUAUGAGAUUACCAAUUUCGGUCCCUCCGAUUGUUUCCGCUUACCUGUGCAAGUAAAUAUACCGGAUAAGGUGAAUUUGUCAAGUCGUAUCAAGGGCUGUACGUAUGAUGGCUCGCAGUGUGAAUGGACGUUAUCAGCAAAGGUUUCUACACCAGUAAUCUUUUCAUUAAGAUUCAAUUUGGCCGAACACGGUGACAUCCUUGAGAAACAGAAUGAAUUCAACGUAACCACAUCUAUGAUCAUUUUACUUAACGGUCAAAAUAAAUCGGCUUCAAUUACAACUAGAUUGGUGUUGGAACCAAAACCGCCAAUAUGGCCAAUCAUUGUUGGCUGUGUGGCCGGUUUGUUGUUGCUGUCACUAAUUGUGUUGGCUCUUUAUAAAUAUGGAUUUUUCUCCAGAAACCGAUUAGAAGAUUUUAAGAAACUACAGGAACAGGAAAUUACGGAAGAACCGAAAUCAUCUAGUAAUGAAUUAUCUUCAUCAAACGCAGAAUUAUCGUCACAAGAAUUAAUUUUAGAUGACUCAGACUAGAAGUGUUGAAUAUUAUUAUUCUGAACAGUAAUAUGUAACGUGGAGAUGGAUGUGAAAACCUUUUAAAUUUGAAAUCUGAACU